UGAACCAUAUUAUGAUAUUAAAAGACUUAUUGAUAAGUGUCUUAUAAUUGUUAUUGAAGAUAACAAAUUAUCGAUGCAUGACUUGAUUCAACAAAUGGGUUGGGAAAUUGUUCGACAAGAAUCACCAGAUAUGAUUGAGAAGCGUAGUAGGCUAUUAUGUUAUGAGGAUGCUCCUGAAAUACUAAUUGAAAAUACGGGGUCAAAUGAAAUUCGAGGCAUAACAAUGUGCUUGCCUAAACCACAAAACAUGAAGUUGAAUCUUGAAAAGAUGAGGAGUCUCAAAUAUUUGAAAGUUCGCAAUGUUAUUUGUGAAGACCUUGAAUCUCUUCCCAGUGGGUUGAGGUUACUUGAUUGGAAUGAAUUUCCUUUAUUGUCCUUACCAUCAGCCUUUGAGCCUAAAAACCUCGUUGUACUCAAGAUGCAACAAAGCCACAUAAAGUUGGACAAGCAUUUCAAGAGGUGUCGAUUCGAAACAUUGAUAUAUAUGGGUUUGUCAUAUUGUAAAAAUAUUACGAAGGUACCCGACUUAUCACUGAUUGCCCCAAACAUAAAGGAAUUGGGCCUUCGUGCAUGCAUAAAUCUAGUUGAGGUUCAUCAGUCCGUUGGACUUCUUGAAGAGCUUAAAUUCUUGGAUCUUUGCGGAUGCCAAAAUCUUAGAAUUAUACCAAGAAACCUCAAGUUGAAAUCUCUUAAAACGGUUUAUUUCCAUGGCUGUGAAAGUCUUGAGCAAGUAACGGAAGCAUUGUUUUCAUCAAUAGAAUAUCUCAUUGCCCUUCGUGAGUUAACUAUAAGUUUUAAAAACGUGAAAGAGGUUCCAAGUAGCAUCUCUAAUUUAAAAAAUCUUAGCAUUCUCCAUAUGUAUGAUUGUGACAAUUUUCCAAAAGCCAUGGAUACUCCUGAUUGUUUCCCCAAAUUAGAAAUUUUAGGUAUCCGUUACAGCAACAUUACUACCCUCCCUGAAAUCAAUAUCAGAUUUCCGAAAUUAAAAGGGCUUUCCUUGCAACACUGCUGGAACCUUCGGGAAAUUCCAAUGCCUCUACUACAUCUAGGAGAUUUAUAUAUAGAAGGGUGCAGUUCCUUGGAUUCACAAUCAAGAAGAAGAUUACUGAAUCAGCUUGGAAAAACGUUUGGGCUUCCACAAAAUAUGGUAUGUUCAAGGCCAAGGGGAUCAUUGCAUCAAGACUCUGUUUCUGAAAAGUGCUGCGAUACAUCUAAAAUGUACUGUACACCUGACUUUGUUAGUGAUGGAUAUGGAUUUCAGUUUAACCUUGUCCUUCCAGGAACUAAGAUUCCAAUGUGGUUCAACCAUCAAAGUGUUGGAAGCUCUGUAUCAUUCUCGAUCAGUUCGAAAUCUCUAGCAUUUGCUUUCUGUGUUGCUUUAAAAAUAGAACCAAAGGUUGUGGCAAAUCGAUAUGAUUAUUUUUUUUGUUCUAUCCACAUUUUCUUCAAUGGUUAUAAAGAAAGGUCCUUUUCACGUGAUUUUUGGUUAGAUUCAUCAUCUUUUAUGUGGUUUCACUAUGGGAGCAAUAGCUCAAUUGAUGGCAUGGUUUUAGAGGAUUGCAACAACGUUAAGCUUCUCUUUGAAGUUUCAGAUUAUGAUAAAAAAAUGUCAAAAAUUACAAUAGAAAGGUGUGGAGCCCAUAUAGCAUGCAUCUGUCCUUCUCGAAGUCCUAGUGUAGAUAAGAUGGCCUGCAUAAGAAUUCAUGAAAGUUUAAGAGUGUCCUUUGAUGAAAGCUUAAAAAUGUUUUUACGUAGAGUCGCUAGUCAAAACCUUGUCAGAUUCUCAAAAACGCAUUGCCCUCUCUGUGAAAUAGCAGAAGAUUCCCUUUUACAUCUAUUUCAAUAUUGUCCCUAUGCCAAAGUAGUGUGGUAUGGUGGUAGGUGGGGUUUUCGAGUCGAAAUGAUCCAAGCUCAAACUCUAAUGGAAUUUGUUGAACAUAUAAUUGACCCCCCAAGUGAGUUACUCGCAGAAAGAAUAACCAAAGAUGAGUUCACGCUACAUGCAACAGUGGCAAUGAAAAUCCUUUGGAUGGCACGAGAGGAAGCUUUGGUUUCAAACAGUAAACCCAACAUAAACCAAUUAGUCCAUCGUCUCAACAAACAGUAUGACUUUUACUUGAGACCACUCUUCAUAGAGCAAAACAGGGGAAGUGUUUGGACCAAACCACUUGAUGAAUUGGUAAAGCUUAAUUUCAAUGCAUCGUGUGAUCAAAACAAUGUAGGCUUGGCUGUGGUUCUCAAAGAUCAAGAUGGGAAUGGCAGAGCUAUCGAACGUGGCAUAAACAUCAGCAGCAAGAUGGGAGUACCAUUGGCCAAAGAGGAGCGCAAAUUGUGGUAGGGGGUACAAAGAAAACUUCAUUGUAAAUCCAGCUUGCAAGCCAAAUUCUGCUUUGGCUUUGGCUUCUUCUUCAUUUGGAAAUCUGGUUAGAUCAAGAACAUUUGAUGCUUUUUCUUGGGAAGUACAUUCUCUCAUUGCUUCUUUACCAAGCCAAACUCUGUUAGCUUCAUCUCAUGUGGUGUCAGGUGCCUGUUUUGUGAGUGCAGAUUUUUUUGUGGCUGAGACCAUUGUGUCACAAGCAGAAGAUUCAUGAACCAGGUGUGAUCAGCCAUCAAGCACUUUGUAGAAUAUGCCAUAUGUCAGACUAACAACUAGAGCCAAAUGUCAGUCCAUCUUCAUUUAGUUUAGUCCAUCUUUAUUGCUCACAUUGGGUGAUGAAUAGAAACUUGUCAAAGUUGAGCUGAACCUUUUAUGUAUAACGACAAACCCCAUGCACUUGUUUUAUGGAGGUGGCUAUAUGGGCUGGCAGUUUGAAAUUUGAGUUUAGAAGAAGUCAGUAACCCUUGGCCUGCUCUGAUUACAUUAGACAAGAGUAUGGCAUUGCACAAGAAUCUUUAUGAUCUAACUAGCUGGUGGUCCUCUCAAAUUCCCUUUUUUCAUCAACAGUAAGGGUGGA